GUCGGAAUAACGGCUCUCCUAUGCUAAAUAUGCAUACACCCAUCCCUAGAACCAACUCGUCCAGACCGUCACCUACCAACUUAACUCGCCUAGGCAAUCCUCUCUGCACCCAGGCAUACCAACGUCUCGUGACGAAGCGAUACUUCUCCUUCGAAAUGCGGGCUUAUUGGUUUGAUAACCUACCCGGCGACCAGCGCAUGCCUCACGACUCUGGCAGAGCUAUCGACACCAAACGGUUGGAGCAGCUCGGCGUGAUAUACUACAACAUCCCCGACACAACCAGAGUUGAUCAGCUGGCCUCUGAGCGUGGCUACAAGAACAGAGAUGAGAUCGUCAUAUCACCAGAGAGCAUGGCUGAAAAGUACGAAGAGAAGAUCAAAAUGUUCUUUCGUGAACAUCUCCACGAAGAUGAGGAAAUACGGUAUAUUCGGGACGGUCGAGGGUACUUUGAUGUUCGCAGCCGCGACGACGAAUGGGUCCGGAUCCAGGUUGACAAGAAUGACCUCCUUAUUUUACCCGCGGGCAUCUAUCAUCGCUUUACCACCGACAACUCCAAUUAUAUUAAAGCCAUGAGAUUGUUUAAAGACGAGCCCAAGUGGACACCUCUGAAUCGAUCAGCCGCGCUGGAUAUUAACUCAUAUAGACAGCUCUAUAUUCAGCAGUAUCUAAGUGAUAAAGCAGCUAAAGUAAGUAGCAAUAUAUAGUAGUUAUAUCUUAUAAAUAAUAUUCCUUGUUCUAUUUUCCUCGGUAUACUAGUAGAUAUAUAAUAAAAUAAGAGAGCCGU